AUGGUCGCACACACCCACACACUGCCGCCAGACCAGCUCGUCGACCUCGUCCGCGCGCUCGCAGACCAGCUCGUCGCCGCUCGAGCGACCCAGGGAGACGCCUUUGACCCGCAGCCCUACCUCGCGCAAGCUGCGCCGCUCUUUGCUGCACUGUAUGGCGUGAACCGGAAUACCCUGCUCGACACGAAGGAAUGCAAGGCGCGGACGCAGGAUGCGAGGUUGGAGAUGGAUGCGGCUCACUUGAGGCUGCAGAACCUGCUGUUCGAGCGGAAUCAUAUCGAGCGGGAGAUUCGGUCGGCGGAGGAGUAUUCCUCCGAGUACCAGAACCUGCCCCUGCACUCCCUCGACGAGCUCCGAGAACUCGCCGCAUCCGACGCCCCUCCUCCAGGCCUUCAGGUCCCUCUGCCCGAGGGAGACUCGCAAGAAGCGGCCCACGCCCUCAUGCUGGCACGGCUAGCGUUCGAGCUCGAGGAGCGGAAACGAUUCGAGGAGGAGCGGAAAGAGCUUGGCGCGGUCAAGGCCAAGCUCGUCAAGGAGAACCAGGUCAAGAAGGCGCGACUGGAAGACCUGGAGAAGCAAUUGACCGAGUUCGUCGAGAAAGCAAAGAGCAUACAGGCCAAGAUGCAGGACGAACCGACGGCUGCCUAA